AUGAUCGCUUUGUUCAACAAGCUGCUGGACUGGUUCAAGGCCCUGUUCUGGAAGGAGGAGAUGGAGCUCACGCUGGUCGGGCUGCAGUACUCCGGCAAGACCACCUUCGUCAACGUGAUCGCGUCGGGACAGUUCAACGAGGACAUGAUCCCCACUGUGGGCUUCAACAUGCGCAAGAUCACCAAGGGGAACGUGACCAUCAAGCUCUGGGACAUCGGGGGACAGCCCCGCUUCCGCAGCAUGUGGGAGCGUUACUGCCGCGGAGUGAGCGCCAUCGUGUACAUGGUGGAUGCCGCUGACCAAGAGAAAAUUGAGGCCUCCAAGAAUGAGCUCCACAACCUACUGGACAAGCCCCAGCUGCAGGGCAUCCCGGUUCUCGUCCUGGGGAACAAGCGAGACCUUCCGGGAGCGCUGGAUGAGAAGGAGCUGAUCGAGAAAAUGAACCUGUCUGCCAUCCAGGACCGAGAGAUCUGCUGCUACUCCAUCUCCUGCAAAGAGAAGGACAACAUCGACAUCACCCUACAGUGGCUUAUCCAGCACUCAAAGUCGCGGAGAAGCUGA